AGCAACGAGACAGAGCGCUUAAUAAGAAGACAAGAGAAGGAAAAGUUGAAGAAUCAGGAGCCAGGAAACCCUGCUCAUCUGAAGUUGUCCGAAGAGAGACAGGACACAACACCACGUACCAUGGAUAAAGACAUGGAGGACACUGAGAAGAUCGUUGACUCACUCAUCUCAGACGUCAUUGAACAGGCUGCUCAAGUUCAAUCUUUUGGUCUGGAGGAGCUAUUUGCUGAGCCUCUUAAGGUGAGACCUGCAGAGGCUGACGAAGACAAGGUCAUGGAGAUACCAUCAGGACCUUCAGAGGAGGAUGAACGCACUGUGUUUUCCCAGGGAGGAAAUGAAGCAGCAGCAGACCAGACAGUCGUCAUGAAUUCCUCCACCAUGUCUCUCGUAAUAAUGAGAUUUUUCCAGAGCCUCACUGAAGAGCAAUGGAGGGAAGUCAGCGAGGGCGUUUUCAAUCGAGACGUGAAGGAGAAGCUGAUUGACAUGUGCGUGGAUGUGCUGAAGUUCACCUCAGACUCAGUCAUUAGAAAUGUCUUGGAGUCACUUGCUCAGUCAUCCACCUCAUCUGACACCUUCACCCUGAAGACCCCCUCUGAAAUCCAGAGAAGUGUGGAGAGCUCUUUCAGCCAGGCUGUCUGUGAUAUCGUCGGGACAGACAUCCCUGUUAGGAUUUCACCUGAAUUCACAGAGGCCAUAGCGACUGCAGUACUUGAAGUGGUCACCCCGGUCCUCUCCGUGGCCAUACAAGCCUCAGUGGAUGAACGGUCCACGAUCGCCACUGCUCCUGCCAGCCUCCAGGUGUCAAAGGACAAAGUAGCCAAGAAGACUCUGGCAGGAGCUAUUUCCACCAUGAAAUCCCUCCUUACAGGACGAGGCGCUGUGAUCAAAAGGAGGGUUAUGUCCCAACAAGGGUUGGAGCCUAACAAAGAUGAAGAGACACCAGCCACAGGACGUAACAAAAAGAAAAAUGAAUCUGUGUGGAGGAGGUGUUUUAGACCGAAGAGAAAGAUCCAGCCAUUUCCACAGGAGGAUUCAAAUGGAGCGAAUGGUGCUCAAAAGGGCAAACAGGAGUCCCGCUCUCCUCUUACAACAUCCUCCAUCACAGAGGACCCACCCCUGGCUGAAACUACGACUGGUGAGAUCCAAGAGGAAGAGGAGACAAACUUCUCUAACAGCUCCUCAAAGAAAAAGAAUGAAAAGAAGAAAAAGGAGCAGAAGAAGAAGAAACUUCCUCUUUGGAUGAGGCUGUUCUGCAGUCCAUGCACCUGUCCACGCUGCCGCUCCUCCCCAUAAGCUGCAGCCACCUCUCUCCUUCACCCCCUAACACCCCCCCCACCACCACCAAAAAAAAAACCUUUCUCAACCCCCCCACCCUCAACCCACCCCUUCUCUCUCCCCUUUCCACCUCUCUCUCUCUUUCCCUCUCAACCCAACCGGUCGAGGCAGAUGGCCGUCCACCAAGAGCCCGGGUUCUGCU